AUGGUGGAGGCAAUGACAUCACGUGCAGGUAGUGCCGACGCUAUGACAGGUCAGCACGUCACUACCAGCUCACUGAGCAUGCGCAGGAGCGGGAGCCUCGAGCAGAUUUCGAAGGCCACGCGAGUCAUCGUGCUGUCCCAGAGCCGCCACCGUCCUCACUCCCCGGAUAGGUUCAACAGAGGGGCGACCUUCAGCAACGCGAACUUCGAUUGGAGUGAGAUGACGUUCCUGCACUUGAUGCGAGCAUACAUAGAGGGCCAUGCUUUCGUCCCUCGCGACGGGCAGCAGACAUACGCCCAGGACAGCGAGCACGGAACGAAUCGUCAGGGAUCGUUCGACUGGAAUAAUACACAGAAGACGCGGCAGUCCACACACACUCAGGAUCGUGAUUUCAGCAACGAAGCGCAAGACAAAGGCGCUGCGGACGAUGGAGAACCCCUCCUCGGUAACGGCCAUAGGCACGGCCAACGACUAAAAGACCACUCAGUGUCGUACCGGGACCAUCUGAUCCCUGGAACGUCCACGCCGGGCCUGUGGUGGUGGGACUCGAGCAUCCCGAUCAACCUGGCGGAGAUCGAAGAGUGCAACGAGCUUCACCGUCGAGACCUGACUGGUGACGUGGCUUACACAGGUCCUCCUCUUACUUGUAGAGAUGAUCAGCAUGCCGGACCGGGCACGUCUUCUGAUCUUGCUACCAUGUUACUCAACCUAAUAUGUAAUUCCUUCUUAGGUAUGUCUGAGACAUUCUGCUGCACGUGA